CAGCCCGUCACGAUGCCGCAUCGCCCACUAUUAGUAUAGCGACCCGCACCUCUCCUGGGAUACGCUCCAGUCGGAGAUGCAGCUCAAUGUCGACGACCUGCUUCCGGAGCUUAUGACUGGUACUUAUUCUCGAACAUGACUGACUUCCUGCUCAUCAAGGUACAGUGCCACUUCCCGGUUCACCAUCCUGUACGACGUCGCCCCGACGAUCAUAGGAGCUUCGAGCAGGUGCUGCAGAUGUAUGCGACGCAGAAGUCCCAGCGUGACAACAUACGGCUGCUAACCCAGCACCACGUCCGAGUCGAGCCUGGCAAGAUUUAUGUCGAGGAGCAAGGCAAAGUACACUUCGGUUUACCCAUCUGGAGCACGGGCCUCGCACUGAAUCCGCCGAUACUAGUAAGCACCACAGAAACUGAGACAGGCCCGAAGACUAAGAGGCACGAGAUUGAGCGUGGCGGUAAAGUACGCAUGUCGACGGCUGUGUGUAGCUUGAUGACCUCGACGAGCACUUCAACGUAGUCAUGAAGGGCACGGGCAUGCCUGACCUGGACGUCUGGGCC